AUGGACAUUGAUUCAAACAAUCCUGCAUUGAGUGGGGGUGAGGAAGUUGAGGAACCAGAGAACAAUCCUUCAUUAAAUGAGAGUGGUGAAAUUGAAGAACCUAAAAAGGGGAUGUGUUUUACCUCAAAGCAAGAAGUGCACGAGUUUUAUGUAAAAUAUGCUAAAAACCUUGGAUUUGCUAUAGCUUACAGAACACAGAAUGUUGGCGCUGAUGGAAAGGUAAGAGCGGCUUUACAACAGGAUGGAAAAUAUAAGUUAACUACAGUUGUGUUUGAGCAUACGCAUGAUUUGAUUCCUAGUGACUCACGGCAUUUUCCAACGAAUAAGAGGAUUCGUACUCCUACGAAGAGAAGAUUAGAAAUAAACGAUGAAGCAAGAAUAGGGGUGUCUAUGAAUUUUCAUUCUAUAGUUGUUGAAGCGGGGGGAUAUGAGGCAUUAACAUUUGAUGAACGAGAUGCAAGGAACCACAUUGAAAAUGCUAAAAGAUUGAGACUUGGGAUAGGAGACGCCGAAUCAGUUGCAUUUUAUUUUCAUAGGAUGCAACAAGAAAAUUCAAACUUCUAUUCUGCAAUUGACUUUGAUGUAGAUGGUCGCAUACAAAACUUGUUUUGGGCGGAUGCAAGGAGUAAGUCGGCUUAUAAAGCAUUUGGAGAUGUUGUCUCAUUUGACACCAUCUAUCUCACAAACAAGUAUGAUAUUCCGUUUGCUCCAUUUGUAGGAGUUAAUCACCAUGAACAGCCAAUCUUGUUUGGUUGUGAGCUAUUAUGUAAUGAGAACAUGGAGACAUUCGUUUGA